UUUUUCAUACAUUAAUAACACACACAAAAAAGAACUCAUUGUCUAAAAAUCAAAUUAUCAUUUUGUGAAGGAAUUAGGAAUGGGAAGAAAACCUUGUUGUUCUAAAGAAGGUUUAAAGAAAGGAUCAUGGACUAAAAAAGAAGAUUUACUUCUUACUGAAUAUAUUAAGGAUUUUGGUGAAGGUACUGGAUGGAGAUCUCUUCCUAAGAAAGCAGGGCUACUAAGAUGCGGCAAGAGUUGUAGAUUAAGAUGGGUGAAUUAUCUUAAACCGGGACUCAAUAGAGGGACCUUUACACCCGAAGAGGACGAUCUUAUUGUUCGACUUUAUACUCUUUUGGGUAGUCGUUGGUCCCUCAUUGCCGGAAGAAUAUCCGGUAGAACAGACAAUGACGUCAAGAACUAUUGGAACACGAGUCUUCUCAAGAAACUCAAAGGACAAGGAAAUGAGCCG